CUUUUUGGUAUGGUGAGAGCACUGAAGGUCUACUAAUCAGAGUCCUCUUUUGCCUGUCUUUGGAUAGGAGACUUCAAGAUUUCAGAGAACCCAGAUAAAUGAAACUUGCUGAGUCUCCUUACAAGAUCUAACAUUCACAUUCAGCUUAAGAUUUCAAAAUGUGUUCUUAGAAAAGAGAUGCGGAAUUAUGCAUUUAUCCUUCUAAAAAGCUGUGCAUACAGCUCUAAACUAUUUAAAAAUUAAUCUCUGAAGUGCCAAACAUCAAUAGUGAUACAUUUGUGCCUUGCAUCCUGUGCUUUUCCAAAAUGUUUUUCAUCCCCCACAGGCAAUGGAGCCCCAAAAUACCUCCACUGUGACUAACUUUCGGCUGUUAGGAUUCCAGAACCUUCUUGAAUGGCAGACCCUGCUCUUUGUCAUUUUCCUGCUCAUCUACUGCCUGACCAUUACAGGGAAUGUCGUCAUCGUUACUGUGGUGAGCCAGGACCAGCGACUGCACUCCCCUAUGUACAUGUUCCUCCAGCAUCUCUCCUUUCUGGAGGUCUGGUACACAUCCACCACUGUGCCCCUUCUCCUAGCCAACCUGCUGUCCUGGGGCCAAGCUAUCUCCUUCUCCGCCUGCAUGGCACAGCUCUACUUCUUCGUGUUCCUCGGCGCUACCGAGUGCUUUCUCCUGGCCGUGAUGGCCUAUGACCGUUACCUGGCCAUCUGCAGCCCGCUCCGCUACCCUUUCCUCAUGCAUCAUGAGCUCUGCACCAGGUUGGUGGCGGUCUCCUGGUGGACAGGGAUCAGCACAGGCUUUCUGCCUUCCCUGAUGAUUUCCAGGUUGGACUUCUGUGGGCCCAAUGAGAUUAACCAUUUCUUCUGUGACCUCCUCCCACUCAUGCGGCUCUCCUGUUCCAGUGUUUAUAUCACUGAGGUGACCAUCUUCAUCCUGUCAACUGCCGUGCUGUGCAUUUGUCUUUUUCUGACACUGGGGUCCUAUGUUUUCAUCGUGUCCUCCGUAUUGAGAAUCCCUUCCACCUCUGGCCGGAGAAAGACAUUUUCCACAUGUGGCUCCCACCUGGCUGUUGUCACUAUCUACUACGGGACCAUGAUCUCCAUGUAUGUGCACCCCAGUCCCCACCUGUUGCCUGAAGUCAACAAGAUCAUUUCUGUCUUCUACACUGUGGUCACACCACUGCUGAACCCACUUAUCUACAGCUUGAGGAACAAAGACUUCAAAGAAGCUGUUAGAAAGGUCAUGAGAAGGAAAUGUGGUAUCUAUGGAGUACGAGCAAAAGGAAGUUCCUUUAUUAGGUGAGGAAAAUUGCACAGAACAUGCAGUGGAUUAAAUUCAGGGUUAAGCGAAUGGUAGAGUCAGACCUUUAAACCUGAAGCUCCUUGUCAGAACUGCAUUGAAUUCCGUAAGCCAAAAAACAACAGUUUUUUGAGGGUUCCUUGCCAGCAACUGGUCAGAAGAUAAAUUGCCUCCACCAAACCAUUUUGAGGUCAGUUUUGUGCUAGACACUUU